AGGACGAGCGGAAGUGCAGUGGUGUCAUCUAUGUUGCCAAGACGGGUUGGUUAAUUGUCUUAAGAAUUUUUUAAAUACAGUUCAAAAAAAUUAUUUCUACAGGUUGUCUUUACUUUUGGAACAUUUUCUUAAUUCAUUCUCUUGCAAACUAUCAUAAAAUUAGUAAAAUAUAUCUAAAUAGCUAAUUCUCUCUGCAUGAUAAUGAGCGAUAAUACAAUGGAGAAAAAAUUAGACGCUAUCGAGGGUGUUGACAUUGACGCCGACGGUAGAUUCAAGUAUAUUCUUAUCAAGGUUGGGAAGGGAAGCAUAAAUAAGCUUAUCGUUAGGGGAUACGAUUCGUGUGGUUAUCACGCAGAUAUACUAGACCUAGUCGAACCUGGUAUUAGAGCGUUAGGUUUUGAAGUUGAUUGUGUGGGAGGUGGAAGAAUACUACAUGAGCCUAAUAAGAAAUCAAUUUUGGUUUAUGGAUAUUCGCAAGGCUUUGGCCGAGCCGAUCAUGCAAAGACUGUUGAAAUAUUAAAACGUCAGUAUCCGGCAUACAAUAUUACCUACAAAAAUGAAGGAUAUUGA